AGUUGGCAGAAUGGUAUUUUAUUAUUUGGUUGUAAAGGAGAAGGCGAUGCAGUCAUGUGGGAAGCUAGCAUACAGAAGAUCAUAUAGAUUUAAGGCCUCUUCAUGCCCUUAUAAGACACACCCUCGAGAGCUUUUCCCUGAGGGAAAAAACCCCCAAAAAAUAGCAAAAAGAAGAAGAAAAAGAAGCCUGAAAAAGAUAUAAAGAGAGAGAGACAGAAACAAAAGGGUUGAAUCCAUGGUGUCUAGAGAGCACAAGAAGGCCGCUUUGCAUGAAAAGCUUCAAUUACUUCGUUCUAUUACCAACUCUCAUGCUCUAAACAAGGGCUCGAUUAUAGUGGAUGCAUCAAAAUACAUCGAGGAGCUAAAGCAGAAAGUAGAAAGAUUGAAUCAAGAUAUAGCAACAGUUCAAAAUUCAAUCCACCCAAAUCAUCCCAUGGUCACAGUGGAAGCCCUCGUAAAGGGAUUUUCUAUAAAUGUAUUCUCAGAAAAGAGCUGUCAAGGCCUCCUUGUCUCAAUAUUAGAAGCCUUCGAAGAGCUGGGGCUCAAUGUUCUUGAAGCUAGGGUUUCCUGUACUGAUACUUUCCAAUUACAAGCUUUUGCAGAAAUUGAGGAACAAGGAGAGGAAGCCAUGGAUGCUCAAGCUGUGAAAGAAGCUGUAGUUGAAGCUAUAAAGAGCUGGAGCCAAAACGGUGAACAAGAUUAAAAAAAAACAUCCUUAAUUUCUCCAACUUUUUCCGAACCGCGGCGUUUUUUUUUUUUUAUUUAUUGUUCUUAACUUCUUUGUGUUUGUAAUGUGUAAAAAUUAAUCAAUGGAAAAACCGAUUGAUUAAGGUUCUGGAAAAUAAAGGAAAAUAAAGUGAAUGGCAACCAUUGCAGCAACAAG